AUGACAUUCUUGAUGUGUGUGCUUCAGACGAUUUCUCGAUGUGUUAGUAGACAUGGACUACUUCUACCAAUGUUCAACAACCUGGUUAGUUUAUCUUUUGGGAGUAAGAAUGAACGAGGUUGGAAACUGCUUCCAUAUCUGCUUGAAAAGUCUCCAAAGCUUGAAACUCUAAUCAUACAGGUAUGUAUCAUUAGCAACGAUUAUAUAUGUAUAUAUGGAGAGAGACAUUAACUUAGUCUUUUUAUUUAAUUCUCUUUCAGAGUCUGAAUGUUUAUGCAAGCUAUAUCCCUAUACCUCUGUACCAAGUGAAGUUGAUGCAUAUCCUUGGUUAUCAAGGAACUGUUCAAGAGUUGAAACACUUAAAGACUUUUAUUGGGAGAAUGCAAUGCCUCGAACUUGUGCUACUGGAGCUUGCGGAAGGUGUUGUAGUGGAUGAUGGCAAAAUAUUGCAAUUAAAUAGGGAUCUUAAUCACGCUUCUCGGAAGUGCAGCAUCCAAAUGCACGACCGAAGUCGCAUUUCUCAUUUAAGUCUAGACACUUAGGGUUUGAUUAGUUGAAGUUGUGGCUUUAUGUUUUUUGCUCUAAGAUUUGUGUGUUUAAGUAUCUAGUCGUGGCUUUGAUUUUUUUUUUUUUUUUCUAAAGCACUUACCAAAAUCUCUAGAGAAAUUGAUUUCUACAACUAAUAUAUUUUAGGUUUAGAUUCAGUUUUAAAAACUAAAGUCAGGUCCGGUCCAGAGCAGAUGCAGAGUAAGCAAUUGUUUAGGAUCCUUUUUUUUUUGGGUUUUUUCAGCUGAAUUUUUUUUAAAUUAUAAAAGGGCACAUUUCUUCAAAUUUGAGUAGGGCAUCUGUGUUUGUUGGGCUGGUGCUGACUAAAGCAUGAUGAUUCUUUCAAAAGAAAGUUGUAGAAAUAAAAAUGGUUGUCUAUCCCUCUUCGUAUCACCUUCUAAGUGCCUUUUUUUUUUUGUUGAACGGGACAAAAACAACUAGAUUUAAUCUCAAAUUCCUCUCACUUUAUUUUCUUUUUAUAAUAUAUCCUCCUUACAAAUGCUCGAUUUGUAAACUGAAUAAUACUUUCAUUGAACCACAUCGUGGUGGUCUAGUGAAUUCUUCUAGAAAUUAUCAUGUUAGUCCAGGUCAGAGAUGGACUUUCCUUUAAUUAUUAGCUCCACAUGUCGCCACACGGAUAUGAGCCCAUGCUUAUGGUCCAUUUGAAUAUCUGGGAGAAGAUCCAUUUGUGGG